UAUUCUGCAAGCCAUCCCUGAAUGAGUCAUCCAGCCUUCCUCUGAUUGGAUAGAACCAUUCGAUCCCCAGGGAUUGCUUUGCAGAGGCAGCGAGGCCUCUCUCCAUUCACAGAAACAUUGGUAUGCGAGCUGCUUUCCCAUUCACACGAAGAGAAAAUAAUAUUCGACAUCACCUCUCCUUGCCAUUAUUUUUGUCUUUCCUUUUGUGUUUUUUUUCCUGCUGUCUCUUUCAAGCUGCAUUUAGAGGGAGCCCUCAUCCCUCCUUUUGUGUUUUGUUGUUUCCAAGCAAGAGAGAGCAAACGUGCGUGUUUUUUUUUUCUUUUUAGCAGGCAGGAAGGAGAUGUUGGGAGGCACUGCAGUACGAAUGCUGCAGCAGGAGGUGAGAGCAGGAAGCUUAUGAAUGACUGGCUGUCUCCAGAUUCACACUUCUCUGGAUCCUUUACAUGAAUGGCUUUUUUGUGGGUUUAACGUUGAUGGCUUUAGAGAUGGCUUGGCUAAUCUUUGACGAGAGCUUGUAAUAGCUGUAGUCUUGUGGGCUUCAUGGUUUUCCAGCCUGUCUGCUGUGAUUACAUCUUUACAUUGUGUUAUGUGAUGAUGAAUUAUUCAGAAAAAAAUUCACCACAAGAGCUUGGCUAUUUUAGUAAAAGCGGGAAUUUAUUGGUAGGCUAAGAGUGUAGAGGACUAUGUCUGGGCUUUGAUUUUAGACUGUGUAAUGAAGAAAGAAAACAAUUCACAGCUGAACAAUGGAAGAAAAUCUUUCAUGUAUGUUGAUUUUAUAUAUUUACUAAUUUAUUGUAACUUUUCUCGCACUAUGGGUAUUGCAAGAUUACAUAAGCCAACUAAUAUUUCCAGGUUAACUAUUGACGUUGAGGGCAAUAAAUAUACCUAUAUUUCUUAAAUGUUAAAAUCAGUAUUUUAGGUAUAGUUAGACAUAUGUCUAUUGAAUUUACACUGGUAAUAGGAUACAGUAUGUACCAUUUGAGAUUUUGAGGGUGUUUUUUCUGUACUGGUAAAGGGGCUUAAUGUCAUCACCCUGAACAAAUGAGAUCUAGAUUUUCAGUGAAUGUAAGGAUAAAGACUUUGCGGAGAGCAAUACUAUUUGAAUGGUCUUAAAUGUAUCUCUACGAGAUUAUAUUUAGAGUUCAUCUGAACAUUGCAUUUUGAGUUGCUUGCUUAUGGAUAUUUACUGUUAUAUUUCAUGUUAUUCAGUGCCUGAUAGACAUGAUGUUUUUCUGUAAAAAUGAAUAGGAAAUGGUUUUUAUGGUGUUAACUGCUUGACAGACAAUGGAGCAACCAGUAAAUGGGUUGAUUUUUCUAAAAAAUAUAUUUCCCAUCUUCUGUUACAUUUGUCCUUCCGUUUGUUCAACACGGAUGAAUUAAAAGAAAAAAAAACAUUCCUGCAGCCGAGAGGAAGCAUCAGUCUGCGAAAUUUGAGAAUUGAUUGGUUCUAGUGUGCUGUAAGUGGGAGGAUUUUUUUGUAACAGGAAGUGAUUUGCAGUGUUCAGUGAGCCUUUUGUUGAGAAGGAUCUUCUCAGAUCAGUGAGUCAUGCUUUUGCUGUGAGCCGGCAGUCAUUGGAGAGAGGCUGGCCAUCUCCACCGUUGGACUCGUCUCUGCUCCUGUGGACCACGACGGCAAAUUCGAGCAUUCUACCAUACUGUGGAAACUGUUUUUUUAUCUCCUUCCUCUUAAAUCCUCUGUUCCCAUGGAUUGUCUAUUUUGCAUUUUAUUUUCUGCCACUGAACUGCAGAGCUGGAUUUCAAUAACAACAGCCUGAGCAACAGCAAAGCCACCACAGCCAUCAACACAAAUGAGCAGGGGGUGGGGGGGAUUAAGGUAUUAUAUAUAUCCGUGUAGUCUUGUCAUCUUUGAACAGCAUUUGCUAUGUUAAAGGAGGAAAUAAUUAGCUGGGCAUUGCAUCUGCCAGUGCAUCUGUAGGCAGGCAGAUAGAAGGGCAUGCUUCACCGUACCAAAUACAACCGCUUCAGGAAUGAGUCUGUGACGUCUGUCGAUGAGCUUCUCCACGGCCUCUCCAUGAACGCCAAGCUCUCGGCCACUCCGACUUCCUCUGGUGAGCCUCCCUACACCCCGCCAGUUGAGGGGCUCCCCACCGACCCAGAAGAUGGUGGUACCACCCUUUGCACCCUUAUCAAUAAGGUGUCCAACUUGAAAUUUGCCAACUCUGGUGGCCUCCUAGGCAUCAAGGGCUUGCCCUCUGCUGUCAAAGACCUGGCCGUGUCCAAGCUACAAGGAGGAGGAGGAGGAGGAGGCUCAGGUAACCCUGGCCCCUCUGCUCCACCAACCGCCACAGGCGCAGGCUCCUGUGGCUCAGCCUCCAGUGGAGCACCGUGCUCUCAGCAGGACACAGCCACUAUGAAUGCAGGCAAGAAGGGGAGGAUGGAAGACAUGCAGCAGGGUGGGGAGGACUGGAACCCCAGUGCUGGGGGUCUGUUGAACAAGCCCCCCAAAGGAUGGCUUCACUCCAGUGAGAAGAUCUCUGGACCCGGUGUGACGUAUAUUGUAAAGUAUUUAGGUUGCAUAGAAGUCCUACGGUCCAUGAGAUCCUUGGAUUUCAACACGAGAUCACAAAUAACAAGGGAGGCCAUCAGCCUGGUGUGUGAAGCUGUCCCAGGUGCCAAAAGUGCACUCCGUAAGAGAAAGCCUCCUUCCAAAGCCUUGUCCAGUAUCCUGGGCAAAAGUAACCUGCAGUUUUCUGGGAUGAGUAUCAACUUAAACAUCUCGACCAGCAGCCUGAACCUGAUGACACCAGAUUCCAAACAGAUCAUUGCUAAUCAUCAUAUGCAGUCCAUUUCCUUUGCAUCUGGUGGAGAUCCAGAUACAACUGAUUAUGUUGCAUAUGUAGCAAAAGACCCAGUUAACCGCAGGGCAUGCCACAUUGUGGAGUGUUCUGAUGGCCUGGCCCAGGAUGUCAUUAGCACCAUUGGGCAAGCCUUUGACCUGCGCUUCCAGUUGUACAUGCAGUGCCCCUCCAGCAAGCUGUCCUCAUUGCACGACAGGGUGUUGAGUAUGGACGAGUCUCCAUGGACUGAGGAGGAUGAGGAUGGUCAUGAUCAUCCUUACUAUAACAACAUCCCAGGGAAGAUGCCUCCCCCAGGCGGCUUCAUUGAUGCCAGACUUACUAGUCAGUCAGCUGGCGGGGCUGAGGGCGGACAGGGUUCAGUAGACCACACGUACUACCAGGGCAGACCCAUGCUCGUCCAGCAAGCAGGCUCUUGUGACAUAUAUAGUAAGCCCGAGGGGAAGAGUUCAGUACCAAAAGCAGGGGAGCCCCCCACCUAUGUCAACACGCAGCACAUCGACGCCCAGGUCCUGGCUGCUCUCCAGGCAGAGAUGGACCCUUCACCUGAGGGUGGACUCGGAGCGGUCAACAGAGACAGUCCCCGGAAGGACGUGUUUGAUAUGAAGCCAUUUGAGGAUGCCAUCCUUACACAGUCCCAGGCACCAGGGCUGCACAAAGCAACCUCAGUGGACAACUCCAGCCCCUUGUUGGUGCGCGCGGUGGCCUUCCGGGCCCAGGAGGAGCUGGAGGGCCAGCCAUGGUACCACCAUGAGAUGAGCCGCAGGGAUGCAGAGAAGCUGCUGCAGGAGGACGGAGACUUCCUGGUGCGGAAGAGCACCACUAACCCAGGCUCCUAUGUCCUCACAGGGAUGCACAAUGGAGUCGCCAAACACCUGCUACUGGUGGACCCCGAGGGAACGGUACGAACAAAAGAUCACAUAUUUGAGAGCAUCAGCCACCUGAUUGGCCAUCACCGUGACAACAAUCUGCCCAUUGUUUCUGCUGGAAGUGAACUGUGUCUGAAGCAGCCUGUGAAUAGGAAAUAGUGACGCCCCACCCUCCAAAAAACAAAACACUUGCGGGUCACUUUACCCAAACUUGAAACUUGAAGAUGAGAACAGAGAAUCUACUAUUGUCAGAGAUAAACUACUGUUAGAUGAACGUGACUUGGUCAGUGAAAUGGUCGUUGGGCAUCUGGCUGGCAACCCUGGACGAUUUAAAGACGAUUUGUUGAUAAAAAAUGACAUGAUUUAUAGAACUGUUAUUAUUUUGUUGUGAUUGAAAUUAUAUAUUUUUUGAGAAGACAUAGGUGCAUUUGGACAUACCUGUUGAUUUGGUGUUUUAAAGCAAAAAGGGACAACUGUUAAUACUUUAGAUGAAGAGCAAAUUGACCUCAAGGAGGGAUUGAAAAAAAUAUUUUAGAAUAAUCUAAAAAAGUUUUAGUUUUGUCUAUCAAGCACAACAAGAUUUACACCAUUGUUGGUAUGAGUUAGAGCAGAAAAAUGAAAAACAAAAAAAUUACUGUUUGUAUUUAACUAUUUUAGGAUUUGUCCUUAAUUGCAGCUAAUGUGACAAACUCAUUUGGUAGCGUAUCAAAUCACUGUUGAUUCUGCUUUUAUGGAAAAGAUGUGAACGUGUUUGCUUUACAGUAGUUACACAGUGUCAGGCACAUGCUCACUUGCUCUGCACAGGCACACACAUAAGCAGAUGAAGACUCACACACACACACACACACACACACACACACACACACACACAC